ACUUGCGAAAAGAAGGAAGUGAACGUUGAGCCACAGAAACACAAUAUACAGUCUUUAUGUUUCACAAAACUGUCAUAAAAUGCAGCGCGAGAAGAAUGUAAAAGUAAGAGAAGUAAUCACAACGCUUUGUAAGCUUCUGUCAGCACUGGGUGUUGAAGCGGUACCAACUGCCGAAGCUUUUAGGAGAGCCAAAUUCAACAAGACGGAUGCGACACAAGACAUGUGGAAGUUGCUCCAUAGUCUCCUAAUGAAGGCUUUUGAACGAGACUGUGCCUGCCAGGAGUCACACUCACACUUGGACUUACAAUUGGGGUUUGUAAGGAGUGCACUGUGGUACACUGGUUACGGCAGCUGGUGGACGAUCAAUGCCCAGUCCUGUAGAAGCGCAGAUGAGAUCGGGAGCAGAGACCUGCUGUUGGCUCUGGGCUGGGUCAUUUCCUCAGAAAACCUGCUGGAGUCCCUGCUUGGAGAGAAAGUUCUAGAAUUAGAGCAGCUCUCGGCUGCACCGAGGGUUGUGCCUAGUGUGGAGGAUUUGACACUGUGUUUAAGUGGAUCUGGAGUGGAUGGAGCAGGGAGAGGAGAUGUUAGGAACAUGCAGUGGCAGUACGGGAAAUUAAGGCUGCAGUGGAGGAAUCAUCUAGCAGCCCAGCAAGAGCAGGCCAAGUUUACCCACAAGGUCUUCUCCAACAUCAGCUCAUCCCCCAUCUCUGAGGCCAGCACUACUAGUGUUCCUAAAUGUACAGCAUCCUCUGGACUUGAGAAGGAUCUGGAGCGCAUACAGUCCUUGAAUGAAAUACUUGAGGCGUAUCUGGAAUGGAAAGUUGUGGAACCGCUAUUUUGGUGCUGGAUGGACAGCGUGAUUGAUGGCUACCUCUCAGACGACUGCAUCGUGGGGUUAGCGUUCAGUGACCACUCUGUCACUCAGAGCUGUUCCCACGACGACAAGGCCAGGAGAUCCAUGAGACAUCUAGACAAGGUGCUGCUGAGGCUACAGACAGAGCUCCAGCUCAGCCGAGUAGAAAAGACCACACACCCACUUACACAGGACAGACACACAGGUGCAACCUGGGUCAACCAGGAACAGAAAGAGAAGGUGGAGAGAAGAGUGGCUGCCCGCUUGCAAGGCUUAUAUCUUGCUAACACCCCUACAGCCAUGAACAGAGGCUUCAUGCCAUACUUCCAGGAGCCGCAGGCCUCCAGGUCACCUCGCAAGCCCCAGAAAGGUGACCUGAGCCAGGAAAUGGCUUCAAGAAAGCUCCAAGCUUCAUCAGCUAUAAGAGUUUUGAAGGAGAGGGAGGCGGUGCUGCUUUGGGAACUGGAGCUAAUCAGGCAGAGUCAUAGAGAGCAAAUACAGGCACAGGCCAGUACACUGGAGGGACUGGUGCUUAUCCCACCAAUCAAGAGAUGACACAUAUAGAAACAUGCACUGUAGAGCACUGCAGUAUUUCACAGUACAAUCUUCACAUUAAGAGCUGUGAUGGAUUCUCUGAGGACAUCUGCAGGGGUGUAAAAUGAACUUAGUAACAAAGAAAAACUUCAGAGAAGUUGUAAGUACUUCAAAGGGAAACAAGUAGACAGUGAAAUUUGUGUUCUAAUUCUUUGCCUUUUCAGGAAUGAUGAUGUGCUGUCUAUGCAUUUCUGUUGGUGUGUCUAUGAGUAUUACAAUAAGAAUGUUUAUGGAAAAAAAAGAAAGAAAAUUUGCUUAAUUUUUCUUUUUGUCAUCUACUGAACCAGGGGUCGGCAACAUGUGGCUCCAGAAUGGCAUGCAGCAC